CUGACCACAGAUCAGCUGAGAGGCUCAGGGAGGACAGACAUCAUGGAGUCCUGUCGGAGUUUGAAGCUGCUGUUUGUGUCUCUGAUGAUGAUGAUGGUGAUGAAGACGAGCUCAGCUGCUUCCCCACAGAACUUCUGCUCCAACUCGACGGUGCUGAGGACUCGGACAGCGUGUCACUCCUGCAGCAUCACCCUGGUGAUAUCCUGCCCAUCAGGAUUCAAACAGACCCCCAGAUCCACAUCCCAGGACUGCAAGUACUACAUCAAGACCGCCAGUCUGAAGCUGUCCAUCAACGGCUGCUCCUUCGAGUGCUACAGAGAGCAGGAGGUGAAGAGCUGCUGUCCAGGUUUCUGGGGUCCAGACUGCAUCGAGUGUCCCGAUCGGGCCGACAGACCCUGCAGCAACAGAGGACUCUGUUCUGAUGGGCUGGGAGGAAACGGAACCUGCAGCUGCCAGGUGGGCUUUGCAGGAACAGCGUGUGAGGACUGUGCACCUGGUCGAUAUGGUCCCACCUGUAGUUCAGAGUGCUCAUGUGUCCACGGUCUGUGUGACUCUGGUUUGAAAGGUUCUGGUACCUGCACCUGUUUCUCUGGAUACAAAGGUCCAAACUGUGAUCAAGAGUUACCUGAGUGUGCCGCCCUCAGCUGUCAGCAGAACUCUCGGUGUAUGGAGGAAGCUCUGACCGGACAGCUGGUGUGUCAGUGUCUGCCUGGUUACCAGAAAUCAGGAGCUCAGUGUUUAUCCAUAAACCCAUGUCUCCAGCGGGUCUGUCAUGUCCACGCCUCCUGUGUCCACACCGGUCCAAACCAGCACUUCUGUGCCUGUAACGAGGGUUACAGUGGGGACGGACGAGUCUGCAUGGCCAUCGAUCCCUGUCAGACCAAACAGGGAGGCUGCUCAGCCGAUUCUGCACGCUGUGUCUACGACGGACCGGGAAAGUCUCACUGCGAGUGUCUUCCUGGUUUUGACAACCUGUCGAACGGUGGCUGCAGCCUGAAGGACUCCUGUAGACCUGAUUCCUGUCACAAGAACGCCAACUGUGCCACGGUGGGCCCAGGAAGAGUCGAGUGCACCUGUCUUCAGGGUUACAUUGGCAACGGUAAAUUAUGUUAUGGGAACAUCAUCCAGCGUCUGAACAGUCUGAACACAGAACCUGGAGGACAGUGGGUCGGUCAGCUGAGCAACGCCAUCACGCUGUUCGGUUCUUUUUCAUGGCCUCUGCAGAAUUUGGGUCCUUUCACUGUUUUUGUCCCGAUCAAUAAAGGCUUCAAAGGAACUCCAGUGAGGACUCUGACAGCUGACUUGUCCAAAGCCAAAUACCUGUGUAAGAUGCACCUGGUUGCCGGGGUGAUGCCCUUUGACACUCUGAAGAAAACCGACGUUUUUUACACUCUGACCGGAAAACCAGCUGAGACGGACAUAUCAGAGGGGGACUCUCAGACUAAAAUCCGGAUCCAUGGCAGCAGGAAAAAAGGUGUGAUCAUCCAGUCGGACGUGGUCGCAUCCAACGGGAUGAUUCACAUCAUCAAUAAGCUGAUGGACAGCGUCCCCCCCACAGUGGAGAGCGACACACAGGAGAACCUGAUGAAGAUCAUUUCUGACUACGGCAAAUUCGACAAGUUCAAGUCUUUAUUGGAGAAAACUAACUUGGCGUCACUCCUGGACCUUCCUGGUCCCAUCACCGUCUUUGCUCCCAGCAGUUCAGCCUUUGAUGCGAUGACUGAAGGUCACCUGCAGUUCCUCAGCAGUGCUGAAGGUCACAGCAAACUGGUGGAGCUGCUCAGGAACCACAUCAUCCCGUCCACCGCGCUGGAGGUCUAUAACGCCGUGUCCAGACCCAGGAUUGUGACAAUGGCCAAUCAGGUUCUGACGAUAAACGUGACAGAAAACGGUCAGAUCUUGGUCAACGGGGCGGCCGUGUUGGAGGCGGCAGUGGAAGCUAACAACGGACGUCUGUAUCUAUUAGAUGGAGUUCUGACUCCGCCCUCCAUCAAACCGGUGCUGCCCCACAGGUGUGACAUCACCGAGACCAAAAUCAUCCAGGGUGAAUGUGUCAGCUGCUCGAAGGUCAAACUGUCUCAGUGCACGUCUGGAGUUCAUACAGGCUUGUCCAUCUUCGGCUGUCAUUACACUCUGUCCAUCGGCCCAUCAGCGGUUAGAAUCCCGGCAACCGGCUGCAGACCUCGCUGCAACGCAACGGUCACGACUCCGGCAUGUUGUAAAGGUUUCUACGGUCCGGACUGCAGUCCCUGUCCAGGUGGAUACCAGACUCCGUGCUCCGGACACGGUCAGUGUUUGGAGGGCCUCGGAGGAAACGGAUCCUGUGUCUGUGAUUCCAACUUCAGCGGCUCUCGCUGUCAGUACUGCUCCUCCUCCAACAAAUAUGGACCAAACUGUGACAGAACCUGUCCCUGUAUCCACGGUCAGUGUGACAACCGCCCCGACUCAGACGGUCGAUGUAAGCUGGACUCCUGUCUGACGGGUUUCACCGGUCGGUUCUGCGAUCGCAGGACGACGGCCUGCGGCGUUCAGGUUCAGUUCUGUCACGCUCAUUCAGACUGCGUCUUCAGCCAGGGAACCACCAGGUGAGUUCACCUGCAUCCAUCACACUCAGGUUUAACACUGAGUCUCGUUUCUUCACUUCAACCCCAAAGAUCCAACUUCUGAUGGAAAGUUUACGGGAAACUUAACCCUCGCUGGUACCAGCUCGACUCGCCUCUACUCGACAUGCGUUUGUUUCCUUAAAUCUGUUUUCCAUUGCAGAUAUAGUACCACCUCAAAGUAGCAGGUCAUCGUAGCGAUGCCGCACACACACACCCCGCCUCUCGACCGUUCCAACCCGUUCUCACUCCCAAGUCGUCACAUAUGGACGCAUGGUCAAGAGCCAUCGUUGUCAGUGUGUGACGCACUGGUGAUCCCUUUACCGUCAUAGGUCAGCUCAGUGGGGGAAGCCCUGUAGAUUUACCGUUUUUGACGGUAAAGGCAGGUUUAAGAUAUUUAACAGAAAAGACUGAGUAAGGAGGU